GGACCCCAGCCCGGACGCCUACUGUAACCUUGUCAUCCUGGCUGUGGCCAACAGGGAUGCCGCCGAGGAGUCCUGCGCCCUCAUCUGCCAGGUGUUCCAGAUCAUCUACGGGGAUCACAGCAUCGAGUGCGUGGACCGGGCUGGCUACCACUACACGUCGACGCCCGACCGGCCGUGGCUCAGCAGUCGCAGUGAGAGCUGUCGCACCGACGGGACAUACGCCUAUGAUGCCGACUUCAGCUCCUUCAGUGGCUCCCAGGACACCUUUGAAGCGUGUUACAGUGGCACAUCCACACCUUCUUGCCCCGGCUCCUACUGCAGCAGCAGUGACCACAGCGGCCUUGGCCUAGAACAGCUGCAGGAUUACAUGGUCACGUUGCGGACCAAGCUGGGGCCCCCUGAGAUCCAGCAGUUUGCUAUGCUGCUGCGGGAGUACCGGCUGGGACUGCCCAUCCAGGACUACUGCGCAGGCCUACUGAAGCUCUAUGGGGACCGGCGCAAGUUCCUCCUCCUGGGCUCCGGCGCCCCGGGAGUGGCUGAGCUGGGGGCGCGUCCGAGCUGCGAGGAUCCGGGCUGCCCGCGAGACCAGGAGCGGGAGCCCAGGAUGGGGUGCGUGAAGUCCAAGUUCCUCCUGUCGAGAAGCAAGGCCUCUCAAAAGGAGCCCAGCUCCACCCAGCAGAGCCCCAUGUACGUGCCGGACCCCACGUCUGCAGGCAAGCGGGGGUUUAACAACAGCGGCAAUCAGCCAGGGUCCUCGGAGGGUCCUGAGGAAGUCACUGUGGUCGCCCUGUAUGAUUACGAGGCCAUUCACCACGAAGACCUCAGCUUCCAGAAGGGGGACCAGAUGGUGGUGCUGGAGGAGUCUGGAGAAUGGUGGAAGGCUCGAUCCCUGGCCACCCGAAAUGAGGGCUACAUUCCAAGCAACUACGUCGCCCGCGUUAAUUCCCUGGAGACAGAAGAGUGGUUCUUCAAGGGCAUCAGCCGCAAGGACGCAGAGCGUCACCUCUUGGCCCCCGGCAAUGUGCUGGGCUCCUUCAUGAUCCGGGACAGUGAGACCACCAAAGGCAGCUACUCUUUGUCUGUGCGUGACUACGACGCGCAGCAUGGGGACGCGGUGAAGCAUUACAAGAUCCGGACCCUGGACAGCGGGGGCUUCUACAUCUCCCCACGGAGCACCUUCAGCACCCUGCAGGAGUUGGUGGCCCACUACAAGAAGGGGAAGGAUGGGCUCUGCCAGAAGCUGACAGUGCCCUGCAUGUCCUCCAAGCCCCAGAAGCCAUGGGAGAAAGAUGCCUGGGAAAUCCCUCGGGACUCCCUCAAGAUGGAGAAGAAGCUUGGAGCCGGGCAGUUUGGGGAAGUCUGGAUGGCCACCUACAACAAGCACACCAAGGUGGCCGUGAAGACGAUGAAGCCGGGGAGCAUGUCCGUGGAGGCCUUCCUGGCCGAGGCCAACCUGAUGAAGACCCUGCAGCACGACAAGCUGGUGAAGCUGCACGCCGUGGUGACCCAGGAGCCCAUCUACAUCAUCACGGAGUUCAUGGCCAAAGGAAGCCUGCUGGACUUCUUGAAGAGCGACGAAGGCGGCAAGCAGCCCUUGCCCAAGCUCAUUGACUUCUCAGCCCAGAUUGCCGAAGGCAUGGCGUUCAUCGAGCAAAGGAACUACAUUCACCGAGACCUUCGAGCCGCCAACAUCUUGGUCUCCGCAUCCCUGGUGUGUAAGAUCGCUGACUUCGGCCUGGCUCGGAUCAUUGAGGACAAUGAGUACACAGCUCGCGAAGGGGCCAAGUUCCCCAUCAAGUGGACAGCUCCUGAAGCCAUCAAUUUUGGCUCCUUCACCAUCAAGUCAGACGUUUGGUCCUUUGGCGUCCUGCUGAUGGAGAUUGUCACCUAUGGCAGGAUCCCUUAUCCAGGGAUGUCAAACCCCGAGGUGAUCCGGGCCUUGGAGCGUGGGUACCGGAUGCCCCGACCAGAGCACUGUCCCGAGGAGCUCUACAACAUCAUGACUCGCUGCUGGAAGAACCACCCAGAAGAGCGGCCCACCUUUGAAUAUAUCCAGAGUGUGCUGGACGACUUCUACACAGCCACUGAGAGCCAGUACCAACAACAGCCAUGAGGGCCGGCCCAGCGCAGGACUGGCAGGCCUGGUGCCUGGGACGUGGCGCCAGCAACGGUCCACUGUUGCCGUUCACCCUCGCCUUGACAGCACCUCUCUCUGCAGCCACAGUUUCUGCAUCUGUCGAGUGGAUGGGGGGAACCGAACAGUAUCUUUUCAACUCCCAAAGCCCACAGGCUGCUGUUCCCAAGUUGAUAAUGCCUGGGACCAUUGGAUUUCAGUCACUGCGGUGGUUUGAAUGCUAAACCUUAAAAAAAUAAAUAAAUAAUGAAGUAAAUAUUUAAAUAAAAUAGAUGA